GAGCGUGUGCUGUGACCAGUGGUGUGUGACGGUUGUCUGUGACGGUGUGUGACGCCUCCCACCCACGCGCGGACUCUCAUCACACUGUCGGGACAGCCCUCGGACAGGACGCACGGGACCUCUGCCUGCCUGCCUGUCUGGCCGCUCCUGCCGGGUCACCGUGACAACACCGCUGCAGCUUCGGUUCUCUUGUAGGGUGCACGCUUCCCCACCGUUGCCAGAAGAAUUUCCUGAUAUUUCGUGAUGUUGGUGGAAUCAAGUGUGGAUACCCCGGCGAUGUCUCCCGAAGGCUGCACUUCCCCGCAGCCAAGUGACGGCGAAGAGGGCAAGGGCCGAGUGUUCGCCUGCACGAUGUGUUCGUACCGCACAGACCGCAAGAACAAUCUGAAGAGACACACGCUGACGAUGCACGAACUUUCCCCGGCGCUUCUGGAGUGUUGCGGCCUCCGCUUCCUCAACAAGGCCGAGCUGAGGAUGCACACACACAAGUUCCACCGCGAUGGGUACCACUGCGACGUGUGCGGCCGCGUCUUCUGCCGGAAGGCACUCUUGAAGCGCCAUUACUCCGUCCACUCUGGUUUCAAGGAGUUCUCGUGCCACUUCUGCGGUUACGAGACGAGCCACAAGAGCAACCUGGAGCGCCACAUGCGCGUGCAUCGUAAGGAUGGGGCGCCUUUGCCUCAGCAUCUCCUCGAGGGAGGCUUCCUGCCAGAACUGUCUCAGCCUAGCGCCACUUUCUCGCCCGCGAUGAAUUUCCGCAGUGGCCUCCUGCCCGCCCAACCACGCCCGGUCCUGCCCCUGUUUUCUGAUCACCAUCCUCACCUCUACUCCACUCCCGGGGCGCCCACGCCUGCAUGGCCAGCCUGGCCUGUGCUCACCCCACACACGCCGCCCGCUCCCUCCGCCCCCGCUCUACCGCAGCACCUCCUGCAGAAGGCCCAACAGGUCACCAGCCACCCGGAGGGUCAGACGGCGGACUUCCUCCCCGAAGUCGUCACCCCAAAGAAGCAGGGGCCGCGACGUGGCUUCAGCGUGUCCGCUCUGCUGGGCGACGACCCGCGGCCCGACGACGUAAAGGAAGAGAAGGACAGGGUUGAACUGAAGCCUCCCAUCAGCUCCACGCCCCUGCCGACGCCCAUCCAGACCAGCCCGGGCAGUCUUCACGGUCUGUUCCGCCUGCCAGUGUCUUCGCCCCAGUCAUUGUCUCCGGAUGCCUCCCGAGUGUGUGGUUCUUUCACUAGUAUAACGCCCACGGGAAUCCAGAGACCCACGCCCAUCCAUGCCAACAGCCCAUCCUUCGUCCAUGCACAGUCCCCGGUCACCAUGUACCCUUCAGUCGACAUGCACACGUCCCUGCAGGCACUCAUGCAUGCCCAGUCUCCGAUCUUGUCGCCGCCUACCAGCCUGUCCAUCCCGCGAUGUCGCUCGCCCUUGCCUGCCCAGGCUGAGUCUCCGACGGCGCCCCUCUCGCCCAUGACCCAGAUUCACAGCUCCUUCAGCUCCCCACAGCACCCGCAGAGCCCUGCCACCCACGCUCACUCUCCCGUCCGAGCGCAGACGCCCAAGAACGACCACCAUGACUCCGGUGCGUCUUCGGGCUACGGAUCGCCCGGCCUGGAGGAGUCGCCGAGGUUCCACGCCUUCGAGCCUGUCCGUAGGCCCAUGCGAGAGGAAGAGGAGGAGGAGGACGCGGGUGUGCCGAAAAGUGCGUCACUGUACCACCACGCCCACGUCGAGGGCGCGGGCGAGCAGGCCGAUGACGAGAUGGAAGUUGACCAGGAAUAUGUGCCCAAGAAGCUUCGUGUCUCCAAGAAGUACAAAGGCAUGAUGAGCUCCUGUAGUGACAUCCUGUAG